AUGAUGACAUUGAAUAAUGCGGAGUCGCUCAGUGCAUUAUUCAAGAAGGAUCGAGAGUUACCAAUUCUCACAAUGAUUGAACAUAUUCGUAGCAUGUUGCAACAGUGGUUUUAUGACAGACGUGAGGAAUCCCAGAAUUGCACAAGUGUGCUAGUUCCGGCACAGGAAGAUCGACUAUUCAAAACUCUGGAAGUGGGAAAAGCUCCAUUUGUGGAACCACUAGAUCAAUUUCGCUUCUCCGUGAGAUGUGGGCGUAAUGUUGGAUACAUUGUAGACUUGAAUGACAAUACCUGCACGUUGGCUAUGUAUAGAGGAUUUCCACCACACAGCUUAUGCAGUCAUUAUUACAUGGCUGAUUUUUGGAGAGCAGCGCAUGCCGAAACUAUAUUUCCUUUACCAAAUGAAGUCGAAUGGGAAGUUCCUGAUUAUAUUGUAGCACUUAAUUAUUUGUUGCCACCUGAAGUUCGAACGCGUACUCCUGGUCGUAGACGGACGUCUAGAAUACCAUCUACAAGAGAGUUUCCACAAUCGCGUAAGUGCGAAAGGUGCGGCGCUACAGGACAUACACGUCGAUUUUGUACAAGUCAAAUCCCACUAAAUAAUGACUCGAAGGAUGUGUAG